UAAUUUAUAGUCUGUGUGAAAGUCGCGCAGAUAGGUAUUCGGAGCCAGGUAUCGCAUCAGAUCUGAAAAUACCUUGAGAUUGCACGCACGACAUCAUGCCUGCAAAUGAUUGUCGAAAUGCUUCUUCUACUUCUUCUUAUGUUUGAUUCGCUUCGAUUUCGCUUAGAUUUCCUUUGCCCUUUCUUCCUAUUUUAAUCUAUUUUUAUGUUUUUGUUUUUUUCCCCUAAAAUUUGUAUAUUUAUAAAAUAUCAAAUGGCCCAAAACUGACACCAUGAAGAAGAAGCUCGAUACCCGUUUUCCCGCUGCCCGGAUUAAGAAAAUAAUGCAGGCUGACGAGGAUGUUGGCAAGAUUGCUAUGGCGGUGCCUGUUUUAGUUUCUAAAGCUUUGGAAUUAUUUUUGCAAGACCUUUGCGAUCGGACAUAUGAUAUAACCCUUCAAAGAGGAGCAAAGACAAUGAGUGCGUUGCAUUUAAAACAUUGUGUACGAAGUUACAAUGUGUUUGAUUUUCUGAGGGAAAUAGUUAGCAAGGUUCCCGAUUAUGGUCAUCCUGAUGCUGCUGCUGAGGAUCGAACCAUGUCAAAGAGAAGGAAAGCUGUAGGUGAGGAAUUCAAUGAUAGUGAUGAAGAGUCAAAGAGGAGUAGGAUGCAUGACAUAAUAAGCCACGCAAGCAGCGGUGGCAGGGGAAGAGGAAGGGGUCGAGGAAGAGGCCGUGGCCGUGGAGCUCGAGUUUCACAUAGAGAGCAUGACGUCGACAUCGACUGUUGCACUCCCGCUCAGCACAGCAGCAAGCAAACUUUGAUUCCCGGGAAGCCAACAACAGAUCAUGAUGGUCUUGAGUCGAAGGAAAUACCAAAGGAGAAUUCUGAAGUUUCUAACGGUGUGAAUCCAGCAGGUAGAAAUUUUGAUCUGAACACUGAAUUGAAUGAUAAUACCGAUAAAGCAUCGUCUGGAGCAGCAACAGCAGCAGCAGCACCACCACCACCACCACCAGCGGCGUGUGCUUCGUCAACAGGGCCCACUGAAGUUAGAAGCGAAGAAUAUCCCGGUUGGUCGAUUUCUGAGAUGGACGGAAUGACGAUUGACCCUCUUCGAUUUGCGCAACUCAAUUCGAGGUUGGAUGAGGAUGAAGAUUAUGAUGAAGAGGGCUAGAGGGGGUUAGCUAAGCAUUAAAAAUAUAGGCCGAAGCUAAGCUAUGAAGGAAACAAAAGUAAAGAUGGAGAUAUAAGAAUAGUUUUCUUCAACCUCUCCUCAUAAGGUCCUGUUUGGCUUAUCUUGUAGCUGUUUUAUGGUAUGUUUUGUUAUUUUGCUAUUUUGCUAACAACAGUAGUGUAGUUUAGCUUUUCUUACUUGGAGAAAUUUUAAUUUGUGCAUGGGACUUGUAAUUGACAUAAGAAGACUAUGGCUGUGACAGCAGAAUUAGUCAUGCAACUUUAUUACUCUCUCUCUAGAAA